CUGACGCAUGGGGGAACAGGUUGAUGGAACACCAGGAAGCAAUCAGACAGAUACUGUAUACUUUAGACUUUACCUCAUUAAAAUACCUUACCUUACAACUAACAUUCAACAAAGUUUCUAACUCAACAUGCAGUAAUAAACUACCGCUGGUUGUGUCAUCUAACCUGAGUAACUUUAGCAUGCUAAGCUAACGUUACAUAGUUCACCUUGUGGUUUGUGUGCUUGGCAAGGAUACAAAUUCCCAUAACGAUUGCUCCAAUGGCGAGGCCCGUCACAACGUUUCGUGUCCGCAGCUUCUGGGUUUUCUUCUUCCACUGUUCGAGCUCUACCUGUCGGAUGAAAUGCAUCUGUUCACGAGAAAGACCAUCUUUCAUCGGGUCUAUCCUGGUCGCAACGCGAGCACCGGACUCCUUCGGCGUCUGGUCGGCCAUGUCUGCAAUCAGUGAGGGUUGUUUCACAACAGUUACACGAGCAGCCGUUAUUCAAAUGAUCUACGCUGAGCUGGAGCCGUCUAUUUACGCUGCGAGUAGACCAUCAGCAUGUUAUGAGAUCUGCGCUGAGCGCUACGAGCGCCACCAAGUACUAUGCAUAGACAUAUGCAAAACUGUGCAACAUCCAAAUGAGCCCCAACGGCAGCUAUGGUUCCUACUAGGAGACGUUGGAUUGUCCUAGUGUAAAAAACGAGGGAACAGCGCCAUCUUCUGGAAAGGACUAAGAAACGAUUUAUUUAUUUUGGUUUUCUAAUUUCCUAAUUAUAGACUUCGUUGUUUGUAGCUAGAUGUAACGUUUUGUGCUUUAAAGAAGACAACCGUUACUCAGUGUAAAUGGCGAAAAGUUUUUUUUGUGCGCCGAGCCCAAGUAUAAGUUUUAAGUUUCGAGAAGCCUCUUUUGACCUACUCACAGAUUGUCUUGUCAAUCUCAACAAAAGAAACAAAGAUAACCUCAACAGUUUAUCAAAAUGUAGCGGACAUUUCAAAGAUAAAAGACUAAUGGAAUACAUCUUCCUGAUGACUAAAGAACUAAGACUUGAUCCACUGGCUGGAUACCAUGCCGUUGAAUUACUUCAAAGGUUCAUGGUCAAGCACCUCACAGAUUUGUUGACCACACCCACACCUCAGGGUGCAGCGGCUGAUCAACCAGAAAGUUAUGAGGAUGCUGUGUUUGACAAGCUCAAAGAGAAAUUCCCCCUCAUCGUCUUCUCCUGCGUGCAACUUGCAAGCAAACUGUUUUUACACAGUCAGAUAAUCGACAACAACACUGCUGUACGCUUUCUGCAUUCAGUGGGCCACAGUGUUUCCAAGCAGACUGUCCUGGAAUCAGAGCUGAUGGUCUUAAAAGGGCUUGAAUACAGACUAAAUGCUCCUAACCCACUGACAUAUGUGGAAAUCCUUCUGGAGGUGCUUGGACACAAUGAGCCAUCCAUCCCUGUGGAGCAACUGUAUGAACUGUGCCACCAUGUCCUCCAGUUUGUCAGCCUACAGAGGACUGCCAUCUACGGCUCCUUGUUAGAGACCACCACUCAGUGCGUAAACCCAUCCAGAGAACAGAGAGAGAAGUUUGUGACAGUGACUGAAGACUGCAUGCUUCUUGGUGUUGGUGUAAUCGCCGUGGCUACAUUCAUCCUCUGUGUCAGAACAUUGGAACAGGUUGUGGGAGAACUGAGCCACAUCACAGGAAUCUCAGCGAGAAGCAUCAGCGAUUUCGCUAAUGUGACAUUGAUGCACGUUGUUGAAACCAGUUUCUCUGUAACACAGACUUGAGUCUCGAUAACACUCAUUCACUGAAUCCUGCUUUAUACUUUCAGUGUUUACCUUGUGUAUUAUGUUAGUGCAGAACAUGGACCUAAAUCAGCUGAUUGGAUUGAGACAAAGCAACAUCUGUGUACUGAAAUAGCUCACAUAAUGAAAGAAUAAAUCACUUAUGAACACUUUAUGCAAAAUGUAAUAAUAAAUAUUGUAUUAAACAAUAUCUCAAUCCUAA